UGCAAUUCGCAAAAACCGAAAAAGAAAAGUAGAAGAACCGAAAUUGUGGGCGGGAUGGGUAGAACGAAACUUGUGUGGAUGAUGAUGGCGAUGAUGAUGAAUAUGUGUGUGCUGAUCAUGGCGGUGGAAGCAGAAAAGGCUCUCGCUUCCUCUCCCUCUCCCUCUCCCUCUCCGAACUCUCCAGUUCCUCGUAAUUGGUUGGAUCCACAUGAAAUCGAUGAAGAAAACCCUGAAAAUCCUGAAAAGCCUGAAAAAAAACCUGAGAAGCCCGAAAAACGUCGUAAACUUCCAAAAUUCUAUCUACCUCCAAAAUUCCAUCUUUUAUGUAUUUGUGUUAUGCACUGCGACCAAGCAUGCAAAGCAGCAAACCCUUACCCAGCCUACCUCGCUUGCUUCUUCGGCUGUCUCCCAAUCAAAUGCAAUCCAUGGCGUUUAGAUGCUGUUUACCGUUCCAAAAGCGCUGCCUUUGGAUCUGCAGGAGGAGGCUACAUUCAUAGGUACAUAGAAAAUUGCAAGGCGAGGGGGAAAAUUUAGUUGGUUCUCUUUACUAUGUAAGAAUAAAGUGAGACGUGCAGGAUACUUUGUAUUCUACUUUGGUUUUUUGUUUUUUUUUUUAUUAUUAUUAUUUGUUUUUCAACGCUGGACACUAAUUUGUUGGUUCUCUUUACUAUGUAAGAAAUAAAGAGAGACGUGCGGGAUAUUAAUUUUGUAUUUUUAUUUUAAAUUUGUGAACGUUGGAUACUUUGUAUUAAUAAAUGCUUAAUUUAUACAACACAUGACGUUGCUCGUGUUUAUUUUUUA